UGCGAACUUUCGUCUGAACUGUUUGCUAGGCGACCAUAGUUCGCUCUUAAUUAGUAAAGUCAUCUAGACAAUAACUAGACGAUAACUGUCAGCUAGACGAUAAAUAUACGCGGCUUUAUAGGAUUACUGGUGCAGCUUUGCCAUCAGCAUCAUCUAGAUGUGCGCGACCAUGUUGUCUGGCUUUUAUAUCGAAGCAGACGAUUUCACAUUUUCACUUUAGUUCCAUGACCCGAUCCGAUAGAAAAUGUUUCAAAUCAGGCUUUUGCGAAGAAGCGCCCAGCGGUUGUUACCAAAAAUUUCUUGUUAUUUCACAUCCAACCAUGAUUAUUCCUCUUCCAAAAUCUUAGUUCUAAGCAAUUUCGGAAAAUCUACUUAUCGACCAGUAUGGUCACCUCCGUCUAGGAGAAUUGGUUGGAUGUUGUUCUCCGAGGGAAAUCGCGCUGCAGAUAACAACCAUAUUCCCGAAGAGAUAUCUCUGCAACACUAUGAAAAAAUUAGUGAAGAAACUCUUGAGAAUUUAUGUGAAAUAAUAGACCAGUUGCUUGAAGAUAAGUACCCAAAUGAGUUUGAUGUUUCCCUUUCAAAUGGAGUACUCACAGUCCAGCUUGAGAAGCAUGGCACAUAUGUCAUUAACAAGCAAACCCCAAACCGUCAAAUUUGGUUAUCAAGUCCCACAUCAGGUCCCAAACGUUAUGACUGUUUCAAUGGUCAUUGGAUAUACUAUCAUGACAAGACCUCUCUUGAUGAUUUACUGAAUAGGGAGUUCAGUGAUAUUCUAAAACAAAGUGUAAAAAUUGUAUCACUUUCUUAGUAUGAUUCCUGAGCAGUUUAUUAAAUUUCAUCAUUUUAUUACCUAAAUCACAAGAGUAACUGAUUUGGCACAAAAUUCUUAAAAUCAUGUUAAUAAAAGAAUCACAUUUAGUUGAAA